AUGACGACCGCCUCUCAGGACCGCGAGAAGGCCUACAAGGAGUGGGAGGAAUUGUUCAAGCGGGCAACUACCCCUGAGGAAUCUGACAAGAUCGCCACAGCAAACCAGCUCAACUCGCCCCUACUUCGUCUACCUGGCGAGAUCCGCAAUCACAUCUACACAUACGCCUGCCGAUCUACUACAGUCAAGCACGGGAAGCGCCCAGAAGUCUCCGAAAGGUCGUGUCUCUUCUCCCAGACCUUCCUCCUCACCUGCAAACAAAUCUACUGUGAGGCCAUCGCACUCUUGUAUACCCACGCGACGUUCGAGUUGUCUGGAUUUGGAGGCAAUAUGUCACGACAGACAGUCACCUCACGUCAGCGUCGCGUGCUCACUUCCAAAGAAGCUCGCGAGAUCACCCUUCAGAACCAGCUAGACUCAUCUCUCUUACGACUGCCGCCAGAGAUACGCAACAAGAUCUACGCGUACGCGUGUUCCCGCACUCAGGCCGUCUUCAACAACAGUCCUCGAGCCCGCAAGUCCACAGCCAUCAUAUCCACCUGUUCUCAGAUGCGCCAUGAAGCCCACGCCAUCUUCUUCGCGCAUGCGACUCUCGAUUUGAGGGCGCUCCUGUUCUCGGAGUUCCCAGAGAAUCUUCCACAUACGGACUUCCGGCUCGUCACUUCCAUCCAUCUACGAUCGCAGCGGAUUACAAGGCUCCUACGGGAGGAUGAGCAUCUUGUAACGGAACGACAGGGAGCUAAACUCUUCCCGGAACUGGAGCGAGUAUAUGUCGCUGGUUGGAGUAAAUCGCGCAUGCCAAAGGAUAGUUUGGGGGUUGACGCGCUACGAACUUGGGCGGGAAAUGCGGACUUACAAGUGGCCCCCAGCUCAGCGUUCUAG